UUGGGACUAUUCGCCCAUUAUCGAUCUAGCUGUCGAUGCGUCAACACAUCCUCGUGGUUGUUAUUAUUAUUUAGUGUAAUUUAGUUUGGUGAUAGUGGUGUUAAGUGAAUUGGACUUGGAUUAUAAGAAGUUUGUCAAAAAGCCGCAGCAAAGACAGAGAUAGAAGACGUAGGACACGCAGUCGUUCCAGAAGUCGUUCACCACGAGACCGAAGAAAUUGGGGAGGAGGUCGUGAUCGUGACCGUGAUCGAGGAGGAAACAGUUGAGGGGGACGAAAUCAACCAGGUGCAAAUUUAAAGAAGCCCAGGUGGGAUCUAAGUCGUCUUGAACCAUUUAAGAAAGACUUUUAUAUUCCGAGGGACGUCGUUCAGAACAGAGAUCCUCGUAUUAUUGAACAGUACAGAAGUGAUAAGGAAAUUACUCUACGUGGGCGUAGUAUUCCUAAUCCUGCAUUCUAUUUCGAGGAAGCAGAAUUUCCUGAAUACGUCAUCAAAGAAAUAAGGUGAAGGAGAAAAAUGUCUAAAAGACAUAAAAACUUUUUGGAUUUGAGUUUAAGACAAAAGCAGAGGCGGUUGCUUAAUUUUCCAGCGAGAAUUGAAAACAAUUUUGUCCAAGAAGAGAAUGACAAGAGACUUCAUGAAGAACUAGAAGAGGAAAAUUAUGAAAUUAUUGAGCACGAAGACUGUGGAAGUUCUGACGUUCCUAGAGAACCUUUUGCUGGCGAAGAACCUGAAAAUUAUGAGCGUGAUGAUGAUUUUUAUGAUUCUGAUGAUUUUUAUGAUGAUGAUGAGAUUAAUACUUACGAACAUGCUGAUGAUUCUGAUCAAUCCGUCGAUCCUGAAGAGCCUGAUGAUCCUGAAGAGCCUGAUGAUCCUGAAGAGCCUGAUGAUCCCGAAGAGCCUGAUGAUCCCGAAGAGCCUGGUUUACCUGAAAAUCCUGGAAAUUUUGGAAGAAGAUUAUUGAAAAAUGCGUUUCUUGCCGCAGACUUGAAACACACUCAAGGAAACAUCAUUUUAAAAACAUUAAGAUCGCUUCCUUUUAAUUUGAUAUUCUUACCUAAAGAUACGAGGACGUUACUGAAUACUCCUACGGAUGUUGCUAGUAGACGUGUGGAUCCGAUAGUAGGUGGGGAGUACUUACACAUCGGUUUGAAGGCAACUAUAAAAAAAAGAUUAGAAAAACUACCUCCUGAUAAAUUGCCACCAUUUAUUGAAAUUGAUUUGUCUACUGAUGGUGCAAAAGUAGACAAAGGAUUGAGUCAAUUUUGGCCCCACCAAUAUUGCAUUGUAAAUAUUGAGGAUAAGAGACCAAUAAUCGCGGGAAUUUAUAGGGGAAAAACUAAACCGUCGAAUGUUUACGAUUUUUAUGAAAAACUCGUUGCAGAGUUUGAUGAAAUCCGUCAAGAUGGUGGUAUUCAAAUUAGGAAUCAGCUGCUUCCAUUAGUUGUCCGAUCGCUUAUUGCAGAUGCUCCAGCUAGGGCUUUCAUUUUAAAUCAUUAUGGACACAACUCUGUGUAUCCUUGUUCCAAAUGUAAAGUGGAGGGUGAACGAAUUGAUGGAACAAUGGUAUUUUUAGGCCUGGAUAAUGUAGCGCGAACACAUCGAGAUUAUGAACUUGCUGUUGAUGACGAUCACCAUAAAGGUAGAAGUCCUUUAGUCGGUGUUUUAGAUUUGGUCAAAAAAGUCCCAUUCGAAAUUAUGCACUCAGUUUAUUUAGGCACUGUAAAGAAGAUUUUCACGGCAAAAAUAGAUGGGAAAUUUGGACAGCAAAAAUUACAAGUCAGAAGAAUUAAUAUUCUUGAUUCUAGGAUGGAACAACUGGCAUUAUAUUGUCCUACAGAAUUUAAUCGAAGGCCUAGAAAAAUAAGCUUAUAUUCGCAUUUCAAGGCAACUGAAUUCCGACAGAUGUUGCUUUAUAUUGCUCCUGCUGUACUAAAAGAUGUCUUCGAUCCAGAUUAUUAUGAACAUUUCAUGAUGCUUCAGUGUGCCUUGCGUCUUCUUGUUUCCAAUGAAACGGAUAGAGAAUUCUAUCAUUUCUGCGAAGAACUUCUUCGGAGUUUCGUGACAUUAUCUGUUACUUUAUACGGGGAAAAAUUCAUUUCCUACAAUUUGCACUCAAUGAGUCAUUUGGUUGACGAUGUUGAAGAGUUAGGACCAUCAGAAAAAUUUAGUGCGUUCCCUUAUGAGAACAACAUGACAACAUUAAGAAAAUUGAUUCGAAAACCACAUCUAACUCUUCAACAAGUUUACAAACGACUGUGUGAAAGAGACGAAACUUUUUAUGCACCUGAAAUUAACGAAAUUAAUAUUCGGGCUUCGUUAAAUCAUGCAGAUGGGCCUCUAACAGACGACAUUGCUGCUGGACAGGUUUACCGACAAUUUCAUAAAUUGGAAAUAGGUAAAUUCACAAUUUCCACCAACUUGCGAGACAAUUGUUGUGCCCUAGACGAUGGAAGAAUUGUCCUACUGGAAAAUAUUUUGCAAAUGCAAAAUACUUUUCUUCUCAUUGUCAGGGAAUUUAAAUCAAAAUUACCAGUUUAUAACGUUGGAUUGGAAUCGGAUGCGGUCGGUGUUUUCCAGUGUGAAAAUCUAGCAGAAAGAGUAGAAGCAGUUGAUUUGCGACAUUUAAAAAAUAAAAUUUAUAGAAUGCCUCAAUGGCGUAGCAGGGAAGGAGAGGAAGAACACAUAAUACAAAAUAAGUGGAUUUGUGUUCAUUUAUUGACACCAAUAAUUCUUCCUCAAAUUUAAAUUUCUUCUAAAUUUAAUAAUGGCUCAUCUUGUUCAAUUAAAAGGAAAAGAGAGAUCGAUGGCCAAAAGGGAAGUUAGAAUUUCCAACAAAGGAAGACCUAUCAUAGCGCCUCACAAGCUUUUAUCAUCAGAGGAUGAGGCACCAAAGAGAAAAAAC